ACUGUUGUGUUCGUUAACUGAUUGCAAUUAUUGUGAAGUCCCCAGUAAACUCUCAGCUGAUCACUUUCUUGCUGAACAGGAAAAUUUGUUCAUUCAACAAUUUGAUAAGUUUUUAAACACUUUUAUCUACCGGUCACUUUGUGUCAUUCUGUAAAUUGUUUACUAUCUUGUUCCUUUAACAAUGUCUGAGCAAGUAAAACCAUUUAAAUUGCGAAAGGUACUUCAAACCAAUCAAUACGAUGUGCGGUCGGUAGCCAAGUACUCUGAAGAUGGAUUCGUCUGUGGAUCUAGGGAUAAAAUCUCUAAAUUAUAUGUUUCUGAAAAAAAUGGAAAUGGAUUUAUCGAAGCUCAAAAUUUUACUGGGCCUACACACUAUGUGUCAAGUGUUGCUGUCAUGACAGUUAAUAAUGAACAUAUUAUUUAUGUUGGAAGCAAUGAUGCUUGUAUUUAUUGUUACGAUUUAAAAAGUGCACAGCCCAAUUGCAUUCUUGUCGGACAUUCAGGGACAGUUUGCUCUUUAUAUGGUGAUUCUGCUAAUCAAUUGUUGAUGAGUGGUUCUUGGGAUCAAACUGCCCAAAUCUGGCGAGGAAAUGCAGUGGAUAAAGUUUUAAAAGGUCAUUCGGGUUCUGUCUGGGCUGUUUGUUCAACAGAAGACAUUUUUCUCACUGGAUCAGCUGACAAACUGAUCAAACGAUGGGAUAAAAAUGGCAAAGAUGUUCAAACCUAUGAGGGUCACACUGAUUGUGUCAGAGGUUUAGCUAUCAUUAAUAAGGACAACUUUUUAUCAUGUAGCAAUGAUGGAACUACCAGACAAUGGAAUACCCUAACUGGAGCUGUCAUCCAAGUUUUCAAUGGCCACGAAAAUUAUAUCUAUGACAUUAGUUUGCUCAAGAGCGAUUUAAGUAGCCUCGAAUUUGUAACAUGUUCUGAAGACAGAACUAUUAGAUUUUGGAAAGCUGAUGGAGAAAAUACUCAAACUAUCAGAUUACCAGCUCCUACUGCAUGGUCAGUUGCUGCUAUUGAUGAAUCUGAUGUAGCUGUUGGUUGUUCUGAUGGUCGUGUUUAUACAUUCACUCGUGUUGAUUCUCGAGUAGCUUCUGAAGAGGAGAUAAAAUUAUUUGAAGAUGAAGUCUCAAAGAGCGCUCUACCAAUCAAGGAAUUGGGUGAUAUCAAAGCUGAUCAGCUACCAGGCCAAGAAGCUUUACAUCAACCUGGUAAAAAAGAAGGUGCUACCAAACUGAUUCGCGAAGGUGACAAAAUAGUAGCCUAUCAAUGGAGUAGUAUGAAAAUGGAAUGGACAAAAGUUGGCGAUGUUGUUGGGGAAGCCAAUACUGAUAAAGACCCAUCAGCAAAGACUGAAUUUGAAGGAAAAGAGUAUGAUUUUGUUUUUAAUGUGGAUAUUAAGGAUGGCGAACCAGCUUUGAAAUUACCCUUUAACAUGGGAGAUGAUCCAUGGAUGGCUGCUCAGCAAUUUAUUUGGAAGCACGACCUAAGUCAACUCUAUUUGGAUCAAAUUGCACAGUUUAUAAUAAAAAAUACCGGUGGAGCCGCUCCAGCUCCAAGACAAGCUUCCACUGAAUAUGUUGAUCCUUGGACUGGUGGAUCUCGUUAUGUGCCUCCAUAACCUAAUAAAAUUAAUUCUAGUAUUUUUCGUUCUCAAAGAUCCACUUAAAAAAAUUUAUAUAUAAAAAAACUGGUAAAAAAUCUUAUAAUCACAUUUAUGUUCAAUACUUUCACUAAAGUUAAAAACGAAAGGCGACGAAUAAUAAUUUUCAAUGAACUAAUGUUUAAAAAGACCUCAAUGUUAGGCCCAAUUUUUUCAACCAAUGUUGUACCAAUUCCAUAAGUUUUAUUAUAAUAAUUAAUAAGCAUUUGACCUGUAACUCAAGGUGUAAAGUCGAAAUAAAACCUUUGCUUGUUUCAAA